AAAAAAAAACUCUUUAUUGCUCCCAAUCUCUGAAACCCUAAAAAAUCAAAAAAGCUCUAGCUCCGCGAAUUCUUCAGGGUGGGGUUACUGUUCGAAUGGCAGAUGUUGCUGGAAAUGUACUGCUGCUAACAAUGGAGGGUGCCGAUGCAACAAAACUGUUCCAGAUAAUUUUGAAGUACAUGGGAGUUGAUUCAUCUGAUCGAGUUACUUCAGCAAAUUUAGAUGAACGGAUUGAGCUUGUUGGAAAAUUAUACAAGCAUACUCUGAAAAGUUCAGAGCUCCGAGAUGAACUUUUUGUGCAGAUUUUAAAACAAACAAGAUGUAAUCCUGAUAGGCAAUACUUGCUCAAAGCAUGGGAGUUGAUGUAUUUGUGUGCUUAUUCCAUGCCUCCUAGUAAGGACAUUGGUGGAUAUCUAUCAGAGUAUGUUCAUAUUGUGGCCCAUGGUGUGGGUAUGGAUUCCGAGGUUCAAGUGCUUGCAUUAAAAACAUUAAGUGCUUUGAAGCAUGCUGUUAAGGCUGGUCCCAGGCAUACAAUACCAGCUCAAGAGGAGAUUGAGGCUCUUUUAACUGGUCGAAAACUUACAACUAUAGUAUUUUUCUUGGAUGAAACUUUUAAAGAAAUCACGUAUGACAUGGCAACCACUGUGGCUGAUGCUGUUGAGGAGCUUGCAUGGAUAAUUAAACUGUCAGCAUACUCUAGCUUUAGUCUGUUUGAAUGCCGUAAAGUUGUUACGGGCUCUAAAUCACCUGAUCCUGGGAAUGAGGAGUAUAUUGCGCUAGAUGAUAACAAAUACGUUGGCGAUCUGCUAGCGGAAUUCAAGGCAGCAAAGGAUCAAACUGAAGCAGAAAAUUUGCAUUGCAACUUGACAUUUAAAAAAAAGCUAUUUCGUGAAUCAGAUGAAGCUGUGACAGAUCCAAUGUUUGUGCAGUUGUCCUAUGUUCAAUUGCAACAUGAUUAUAUAUCGGGCAAUUAUCCUGUUGGAAGGGAUGAUGCUGCGCAGCUGUCUGCACUGCAGAUCUUGGUUGAGAUUGGAUUUGUUGAUAACCCUGAAUCAUGCACCGACUGGAAUUCACUUUUGGAACGAUUCCUUCCGAGACAAAAUGCUAUAAACCUAGCAAAGCGGGAAUGGGAAUUGGAUAUUCUUUCUCGUUACCGUUCUAUGGAACAUUUGACAAAAGACGAUGCGAGACAACAAUUUCUGCGGAUAUUGAGGACACUUCUCUAUGGGAAUUCAGUGUUUUUUAGUGUUCGCAAGAUUGAUGAUCCUAUUGGACUUUUGCCAGGACGAAUAAUUUUAGGCAUUAAUACGAGGGGGGUACAUUUUUUUUGUCCAGUUCCAAGGGAGUAUCUAUUUUCUGCCGAGUUACGAGACAUAAUGCAAUUUGAUAGGAGCAAUACUGUUAUUUCUUUUAAGAUGAAAGUUGCAAAUGUUCCUCAUAUAUUUCAAUUUGAUACCAAGCAGGGGGAAGAAAUAUGUGUUGCUCUUCAGACACAUAUAGAUGAUGACAUGUUGCGAUGCUACUCUAAAGCCCGCUCUUCUGCUAGCAGUUCGAUUAGUGGAGAUCUUCCUCCCAACGUGGAAGUGCAUAGGAUACGUGUUCAGGACUUGCCUAAAGCUCCUAAAAAAUCUCAAAGGAAUGUUAAUGAAGUGGCACUGCUGGAGAAAAAAAGCAUGGAAGCAAGGUUGGCCCAGUUGGGGGAUCUUAUGAUAGAGAUGAAUACCAAAAAAGAUUUGAUUGGGGCUGAUACCCAGUUGUUACAAAAGCUCCAAGGCGAGUUAAAACUUCGUAGUGAGGAGUUGCAUGCAGCAGAAGAUACUAUGAAUAAGCUGGUUAAUGAAAAAAUAUCAUUGGAAGAAAUGAUAUCUGGACUUGAAAAGAAGAAAGCUGAUGAGAUAGGUUUUCUUGAGAAAAAAUUUGAGCAAGAACGUAAAGCCUUAAAGUUUCAAGUACUUGAACUUGAAAAGAAGCUUGAAGGGGUCACACAAGAGUUGGCUGUUGUUGAGUUAACUCUUGCUGUCAGGAACUCUGAUUUGGCUUCAUUACAAAAUAAUCUAGAGGAAUUAGAGGCAUUGAGAGAAAUGAAAGCGGACAUCGAUACAAAAAAUGAGCAAACUGCUGCCAUUUUGAAGAGGCAAGAGGCUCAACUUGCUGAGUUGGAAGUGCUUUAUAAGGAGGAACAAGUUUUAAGAAAGCGUUACUUUAAUACUAUUGAAGAUAUGAAAGGUAAGAUCAGAGUUUUUUGUCGAUUAAGACCUCUUAAUGAGAAAGAGACUGCUGAAAAAGAAAGGGAUGCACUCACAAGUCCUGAUGAGUUUACAGUUGAACAUCCAUGGAAAGAUGAUAAGGCCAAGCAGCAUAUAUACGAUCAUGUAUUUGAUGGCAGUGCUACCCAAGAAGACGUGUUUGAGAAUACAAGGCAUUUGGUGCAAUCUGCUGUAGAUGGGUAUAAUGUGUGCAUAUUUGCUUAUGGUCAAACUGGUUCUGGAAAGACAUUUACAAUAUAUGGAUCUGAAAACAAUCCUGGACUUACUCCCCGAGCUACAGCAGAACUAUUUAAAAUUACAAGACGAGAUGGCAACAAGUUCUCAUUUUCAUUGAAGGCAUAUAUGGUGGAGUUAUACCAAGAUACACUUAUAGAUCUUCUUUUACCAACAAAUGCUCAACGCUUAAGAUUGGAUAUUAAGAAAGAUUUAGAGGGCAUGAUACAUGUAGAAAAUGUGACUGUUGUAUCAAUUUCAACAUUUGAGGAAUUGUUGAGCAUUAUUCAAAGUGGAUUUGAACAACGGCAUACAUCCGGAACUCAAAUGAAUGAAGAAAGUUCAAGAUCUCAUCUAAUACUCUCAAUUGUUAUUGAAAGUACCAACCUUCAAACUCGGUCUGUUGUGAGAGGAAAGUUAAGUUUUGUGGAUCUUGCUGGUUCAGAAAGAGUGAAGAAAUCAGGCUCUCUUGGUAGUCAACUUAAGGAAGCUCAAAGCAUCAAUAAAUCACUUUCAGCGCUUGGGGAUGUUAUUAGUGCAUUGACUUCUGGUGGUCAACACAUCCCUUAUAGGAAUCACAAGUUAACAAUGUUAAUGAGUGAUUCACUUGGUGGUAAUGCCAAAACACUCAUGUUCGUAAAUGUAUCACCAGCUGAAUCAAACUUGGAUGAGACACACAAUUCCCUAAUGUAUGCAUCUAGAGUUCGAUCAAUUGUGAAUGAUCCAAGCAAAAAUAUUUCAUCCAAAGAGGUAGUCCAAUUGAAAAGGUCGGUUGCUUAUUGGAAGGGGCAAGCUGGUAGGAAAGGGGAUGAUGAGGAGUUCGAAGAAAUUCAAGAAGAACGUCCAGCAAGAGAUAGGAAAGAUGACCUUCAAACACCAAGAACGUCCAGCAAGAGAUGUAGGACAGGUACGACAGGUGGCCGUCAUUUCAUGUAAUGUUUCUAUUAUGCGAGUUGCUUAAAACUUUCCUACAUAUGAAAAGUGCUUGAGAAGUUGUUAGUCACGGCUUUUGGGACAUGUGAGCUAGGGCAUUGGCAAGAGGUGCUGUAAUUAGUUUAGCAUGAUGAAGUUGUUUAGUCAGGGCUUUUGGGACAUGUGAGCAGGGCUUUGGGACACGUGAGCUAGGGCAUUGGCAAGAGGUGCUGUAAUUAGUUUAGCAGGAUUAAGUUGUAUAGCCGAAUGGUGUGUAUAUUUUGCUUUCUAUAUCCUAAAUCUAGUUGGUGAAAAUGAGUCAAUUGAUAGGAA